UAGAUAUAUAAUUAUACCAUUUUAACCUUAAACACUUUUUUUUCUGUACCAAGGUUAUGUUAUGUAAUUUAGUGAUAAUAAAUGUUACACGGAAUACUUUUAAAUUACUGAGUGUUUAGUCUUAAUUAGUCAUUUAAAAGCAAAGGAAGAUUUUUAUUUCAUUAAUUUCAAAAUGCCUCUAAAAAGUUAUGUACCUUAUACACAAGAAUCACACUUUCCAAUUGAAAAUUUACCAUAUGGAGUGUUUUCUACUCAAGAUGAUCCUACCCAUCGAAUAGGUGUUGCAAUUGGUAAUAAAAUAUUAGAUUUAAAAAAUACAACUAAUGUAUUUAAUCAUCCUCUGUAUGAACUAUUUCAACAAUCUUCAUUACAUAGUUUAAUGGCUUCAAGUAAAAGUACAUGGACACAAGCUAGAAAAUCAAUUCAGUCUUAUUUAAGUAUUGAAAAAGCUGAUAAUUUUAAUAAAGGAGUAUUUUGGAAUCAAAAUGAAGUUAACAUGCAUUUGCCUGUUUCAAUUAGCAAUUAUACAGAUUUUUUUUCAUGUUACCAUCAUGCUUACAACUGUGGAACUAUAAUGACACCUCAAAAACCUUUAGCUGAUAACUGGAAACAUAUGCCAAUCGGUUACAAUGGUCGUUCAUCAUCUGUUAUAAUAUCAGGUACACCUAUUACUCGUCCUAAGGGUCAGUAUUUAAAAAAUGGUAAAUUGCAUUUUGGUCCUACUGAAAUGCUUGAUUAUGAACUGGAAAUGGCCUUUUUUGUGGGUGGUACUUUAAAUUCUUUAUCAGAAUCAAUACCAACGUCAAGAGCAUCAGACUAUAUUUUCGGAAUGGUAAUGUUAAAUGACUGGAGUGCAAGAGAUAUUCAAUUGAGAGAGUCCAUACCACUUGGACCAUUCUUAUCAAAAAGUUUUGCAACAAGUAUAUCUCCUUGGGUAGUUACAAUGGAAGCUUUAGAAGAUUUUAAAGUUGAUAACUUAAAGCAAGAACCUAUGCCGAUGAAAUAUUUACAACAUGAUAACAAGUAUAAUUUUAAUAUUAAUCUUAAUGCAAGUGUAUGUCUUAAUGGAUCAAUGCAUAGAAUUUGUGAUACUAAUUACAACAAUUUAUAUUGGACUCCUUUGCAACAAAUAGCUCAUCAUACAAUUAAUGGUUGUAAUUUACAACCAGGUGAUCUACUGUCAUCAGGAACAAUUAGUGGUCCUAAUGACAAAGAGUGUGGAUGUUUGUUUGAAAGAACAAGAGGUGGUCAGAGAGUCAUAAAUCUUGAGAAUGAUGAACUUCUAUUUUUCAAUGAUGGGGAUGAAGUUAUUCUUUCUGGCUACUGCCAAGGAGAUGGAUAUAGAAUUGGUUUUGGCACAUGUAGUGGAAAAAUUCUUCCUGCUAAACUAUAAGAACAUGAUUAUUUAAAACCAUGUAUUUAUAUAAUAAUUUUGUUGAAUUUAAGACUAAGUAAUUCAAUUUUAAUUAAUUUGAAUAUUCCAACUUGACUAUUAACAAUAAAAAAAUGAAAAAAUUAGUUGUUAUUUAAUAUUGUAGAUAUAUUUUAUAUGACUACGCAAUAUAUCUUAUCGACUGCCCCAAGGAAAAAGGUCGUAACUCGUUUUUUUCUAACUUUUCAGUAUGAAUAAAACAAGCAUUGCAAUUCAUAUUCUUAUUUUAUUUUUAAACGUACAUUUCUCAAAAUAACAUCACUGGUAGAAUGAAGGAUAUCGUAAUUAUUACAAUAUUCAGUUUUUAAAACAAUUAUGACUUCAGGGUUUUUUAAGACAUACUACUUAUAAAAAAAGUAAAAAUCGAGUUACGACCUUUUUCGUUGGGGCAGUCGUUAUAUAUUCUAUUAAAUAUUUUUUUUUAUAUAAAUUUAAAAAUAUAUAAUUGUUAAUUUAAUAAAUAAAAUACCUGUGUUUAUCAUUAUGAACUUGGAUAUUGUAUCUUAACUAGAUGGUUGAUAGAAACUUGAAAUUUUAUUAUUUAAUAAGUUUAAACAUCAAUGUAUUAUAUUAAAUUAUAUUAUAAUUUAAUACAAUGGUAUAGAGUUAAAAUUAUCUAGCAAACUUUUUACAUAAUAAGAAUUGAUUACUUAUGACUAAUAUUAUUUAAAAUUUAACUAAUAUUAAUAUUAAAAAUAUUCAAAUCAAAAAGUGAUAUAAAAUAACAAAAACUGUCCUAUAUGUAUUUCGGGAACAAUGUUAUUAUCAUAAGCUUUAAACACAUACUGACGCCCUAACCAAAAAAUGCUGCCUAAUAUAGCCUUAGUGAUCUUAUUACCCUAGCCAAUUGUCACAUUUUACCAGUUUAUACAAUUUAAAUAAUGAAUUUGAAGUUGACCUAAUAACAUUACAAAUUAAAAAGUUGAUAAUCUUCUAUGGCUGAAUAUUUAUUAAUACAUAAUCACUUCAUUAAAACUAAUUAAAAACGUUAAAUAAUUAUCAGGGAGAAUAUUACAUUUCCGUUUAAUGUAUUAAAAUGUUUAUAACUCAAUAAGUAUUUAUCUUAAAGAUUGUUAUAAAUUUAAAAAUUAAUGAAAAUUAUUUUUAUCAUUAUAUAUAAAUAAUAAAAAUAUAUGCUUUUAA